AAGUUGGAAAAGAAUAUGGUCAAUGUACUACAGGAGACUGACUGUAUGUCUUGGCUAUAGGUGGCUUUGAAGCCAAGACUGGACAAGGCGUCUUCCGAUCACACCGUCAUGUUUUACUCUCUGGCGGACGUGAUGAUGGAUGCAAAUACAUAUAUGCUUGCUUGCCUGCUUCUCUACUGUAUAUUGGACAAGUUUGUUCCUUCUCUGGGUUCUUUCUUCCCUUCUAGCCACUGGUUGUCGUUUUCACUUUGUCUUGUAGUAAUUACGUACCAUUCUUUCUUUCACUUUAGCGAGAGCUGUGCUCCGAUUCGUUCACUACCG